AUGUAUGAAGGUCAUAAGUACCCCUCUGGGUUUGACACUGUCACCACAUCAUCUUGUAGCCUGGCCGCCCUGUCAAAGAGCGACUGGUCUCUCUACACAGACUCAGAGAGCGACUCUCAGGCAGACUUCAGCUGGCCUUCAAGAAUCCGGGUAAGGGAACGCUUGUCCAGGGAUGAAACAGUCCAGAGGCCCCCUGACUGGAGUCCAGACAGGCACCAGGGUAACAGACACCACACUCAGGGGAACACUGCUCAGUACACGCCACAACGAUCAGAACCCACCCAGCAAAGGACUGUUCCCCAUCCUCAGCCCAGCCCAGGCCACCAUCCUGCCCAUGGUCAAACAACCUACCCUGAUUACCAACACUCUGGUCCUGCCGUUGACUCUCAGCCUUAUUUGGCCAUCCCUGCCCCAGUGGCCACCGCCAAACUUCCUGGACCCCCUGAGGUACUACCACGAAGAAGAGUGAGUGCCGACCAGAUCCAUGCCGCCAAUAGGGGGGCAAGAAUGGAGGCCAGGCAGGCUCUGAAGGAAGAGGCCCACACAGAGGGUCUGCUGAAGAGCAGGAAAGCCGUGUUGCCAUCUGAGAUUCGCCGAAGGGAAAAGAGUGUGGAUGAUACUCCAAGGGGCCCGCUUGAAGAGAUGGAUUGGCAAACCUACAGCCCAGAACGGAGGAGGACGAGUCGAGGCGAGGACGACUGGGAUCAUGAGAGACCAAGGGAGAGGGGGAGGGAGAGAAAUGUCGACAGGAUCAGAGAGAGAGGAAGAGAGCAUCUCUCUAGCCAUGAUGGCCAACAGGAGAGAUUGUUUCAAACCCAGCCUCCCCACACCUCUGCAAGCCAGCAGCCCAGGCUGCGUCAGUCCGCAGAGCCUGUGUACCUUCAAGAGCCCCAAGUUCAUCAGCAAGCCACCAACGCAACCACAGUAUGAACCCAGACCGAGACAACCUGUGGCUCAAGUCCAACAGCAAGAGCCCCAGCUUCAGCAGAAAGAACCCCCAACACAACCACAGUAUGAACCCAGAAAGAGACAACCUGAGGCUCAAAUUCAACAACAAGAAACCCCAACGCAGCAAAAGUUUGAAACCAGAAGGAGACAACCUGAUCCUCAAAUGCCG